AUGGCUGCGCGUGCGUCUUCCGUUAGAGACGUAGUAAGACUGAAGCGUGCAGCAGAGUGCAGGGUUAUAGAUGGUGCACCGAACGCUAGAACAUGUCUUUUGCAUCAAAAGCUACAAUUAUUAAAUUGUUGCAUCAAAAGAGCUCAAGAGGGUGACGUGAAUGCCAACGGUAAUUCUUCUGAAGAGGAAUUCUUCGACUGCUCAGAAGGUGAAGGUGCAGAAGAUCAGUUGCCAUGGGACAGGCCCGUGGGUCGUCUUAAUCGUCUCGAAAAUGCUACACUCAAAAGUGGCGUCCCUCUCUAUGUUCCUCGUACACAGGAUCCAGCACCAAAAACUGAGGAUCAAUUAGAAGAAGACGCCGAAUUAAUGGUAAGAAUGGGAGACAAUGCUAAAGCUUCUGAACUACGUGCGAAAAUGAUGAGCGCUUCCCUCCUCUCUGAUAUGGAAGCAUUUAAGGCUGCCAACCCUGGGGCAGAACUGUGUGAUUUCGUUCGUUGGUAUUCGCCUCGAGAUUGGAAGCCUGAUGACGGUGGCUCGUUAGGGGAUCGUAUGUUGUUACCUGGAAAUCCUUGGGUAGAAGCUUGGACAGUUGCUCGCCCGGUACCGGCAGCGCGACAACGAAGACUUUUUGAUGAGACUCGAGAAGCAGAACAAGUGUUACAUUUCCUGAAAUCACGGACCGUUGGAGGUGUAGCUGAACUGUUGCUGCCCGCUAUAUUAAGAGCAGGUGCAAAUAAAGCGAUCUCAGAAGGAGCUCCAGCAACUAGUUCGAGUAUUGGAGGCGUGGACAAAAGACGCACUUUCGAAAUUGCCGCUAGAGAGUUGUAUGAAGCUGAGAAAGAAGCGUGUAGGGCUAUCUGUGUGCGUAAGGUUUUAGGCAACAGUGCGGAAGGACAGCCGUUAGAUGUGGCGGGUAGGUCCAGAGUAUUGAACGCCAUGGGCGGUGGUUUGCCAGCACCCACACGCAGAGAAUUCACAUUGAGAGUAAAAGAUGAAGUUGGCCCUCAAAUAAUGCGAGCAGCCCUCGGUAGUGAUAUGACCAUCAUUGGAGCGUUUACGGAACGAAUAGUUUGUUUGUAG